UGUAAAUCAAUGGACAAUAUUUUAAAGAAUACCAUUAGAACAGAAAUCAAAUCAUUUAUGGAUUCAGAAAAUACAAAUAAUGAAAGAAAAGAAGACAAAAAAGACAAGGGUCCACGAAAAACAGAACAAAGACUAGGACAACUGUUAUCCAAAAUUCGAGCAAAGUCAUCUGAAAGUGGAAGUUCACAAUAUUCUAGUCGACCCUCCAAAAAGUACAAAAAGUUACAACUUAAGUAUGAGAGAUAUGAUAACCUAAUUAACGAAUUCAAAGUGGUAAGGCUAAAAGAUGGAGGAGGCCCAAGAUUCGUUGACGUGGAACAAGAAACUCCUAUAUCAUUCCAAGAAAUAAAGGAACUAGCUAAAAACUUUUACUUUGAUGAUAACAACUGUAACAAUUUUUCAGAAAACGUUGCUGAAUGCACAAUUGAUCUUGUAGCAAUCACAGGUCAAAAUAUUGAUGAAGAUGAAGACAUGUGGGAAUACCUUAAGAGAAAAGGCCUUGUUAUUUCUAAAACAUUCUCUGUCUUAAGGUCAACAUAUGUAGAUUUAAGUGAGGACAAUUUACCUGCAGUUUUCAACAAUUUUAAUGAAUUUAAUGAGUCAAUGAAUGUUGAAAGUACACCCAAACGAAAAUUGUGCCAUACCUGCCACUGUACCUACACUGGAAGUGAAUGCUUCAUCUGCUUACAAAAUCAAGAGUACUUGGAAAGUCUUGAAAAGGACAAGGAAAAGACUGCAUUAGAACUGAACUUGACAACAGCUACAGAACUAAACGAUUGUUUUGACAACGAAAUGCCAAAUAGUUCAUUUGAAGGAAAUCCUAUUCCUGAUUUGCCAUCAGUUGCCGAAUUAAGGCAGAUCAGAUUAAAUCUAUUUACCACAGAUGUACCUGAAUGUUUAACUGCAGAAAAAGAAGUAAAAGUUAACAGACACAAUAUAAGAAAAGACUUGAUUAAAGCUUUCCAAGAUGAGAUCAAGGUGAAUGAGAAGAUCACUUACACUGUUAUUGAUUCCCAUGGGCUCUCAGAAAAUGGUGUAGGAUCAGGUGUAUCAAGAGAUGUAUAUUCAAUGUUUUGGAAAGACGUUGCAGAUAGCUAUUUAGUUGGUGCUGAUGAGCGUGUUCCCUUUGUUAGACAUGACCUCUAUGUAUCAGAAUGGGAGGCUAUUGGUAAAAUUCUUGUCAAAGGUUUUAUUGACACUGGAUACUUUCCAAUAGUUAUCAGUCGUUCAUUUAUGCAUUACUGCUUGUAUGGGGAAGUGAAUAAUCCUGAUGAUCUAAUAGAUGGGUUUUUAAGGUAUUUAUCUCAAAUGGAACGAACAGUUGUUCAAGAAGCACUUGCUUCUAAAAAAUCUGAUAUUUUUACCUCAGAAGAAUUUAUGGACAUUCUUGAUCAGUUUAAGUGUCGUACAUUGGUAACUUCUAGUAAUGUUAAUGAAGUGGUGAUUGAGCUUGCAAGACAAGAACUAUACCAGAAACCUCAUAUAAUGGCAACAUGCUGGAGAACUAAUUUCGCCCCUCUAAUAACACACCUAUCAACUCCGGAAUCUCUUGUUGCCUUGUAUGAAAAGGUAGAACCAACGGCAAAAAAGCUUUUAGCAUUAAUUGUUUCGGACCCUGCUAACGAGAGUGAAAGAGAUGCACUUCAGUAUUUUAAAAGAUUUGUGCGGGGACUGGAAAAUAUGGAGUUAAAGCGACUAUUGCAAUUUCUUACUGGUUCAGAACUGAUAAUAGUCAAUUCACUGCACAUAAUGUUUAAAAAAGAUGUAACUGAAUUCUCCAGAAGGCCAAUAGCACAUACAUGUGGGCCUAUGUUGGAAUUACCAUCAACUUACAACAAUUUUUGUGAGCUUAGAGAGGAAUUUACAAGUAUAUUGAAAAAAUCAACAUGGGAAAUAGACAUUGUAUGACU